UACAUCAGGGUGUAUUUGCCUUUGAGAGGCGCUGCUGCCGUUGCUACCGUGUUCGCGUGGAGGUGUGGAAGUGGAGGCAGUUGGCCAGUGGAAGCCAAGUGGAGGCCGUACUGGUCGACCAGGCCAGGACGGCAGGAGCGAUGGAGUUGGUGUUAGGGUUUGUUGAAGUGGCUGGACUCUGAUUACCCUCGGGGACACUACCACAUUAGAGAUACGAAGACCUCACAGGAGAAAUCCAACCUCCUCAAGUGCAUCAGGCUGGCAAAGUAACGUUGACAGCAAGAUCGGAAUGGACAAGCGACGUGGAGGCGGCUUGGACAAGUCCAGAGCCCCUUCCAACGCGACACUGGAUAAUGCAGAGCAGCAGAGUGGUAGCGGUAAGGAAGGGAUGCGCUCGCGUCGCCGUCCGUUACUGUCUCGCCGCAACACCAGCAGCGUAUCCUCGGCAACCGUCUCGCCCGCAUCGUCCCUCACCGCGGUAAACUCUACUGUAGCAGCGGCGGCUGAGGGUACGGGAGCUCCUUCGUUGUCAUCGCGGCGCGACUCGAACACGUGGCUCUCGUCGCUGCGCGGCCUGGUGCGUCGCAAGAAUCCCGCGACCAUGUCCUCGCCCCCGGCCUUCUACUAUGGCGCCGAGGCAGCGGCGGGCACCGCAUUGCCGCCGUCGCAGACGCAGCAGAACCGAACAAUUCUGGAUCGUCGACGGCGACGCGGCUCGCACGAUCUUCUCGGGCAAACGCUGUCGUUGAACUUGGAGCCCACACGUCAGCACCAACAGCAGGAGCACCAACAACAGCGGAGUCCCCAUCGUGUCCAGUCACAACAGGCGCAGCAGGCAUGCACGGCAUGUGUUCCUGCAGCUGCAUGGCGCGCUAACGCGUUGACAUGGCAACCGCCACGGUCGGGCCCCGCGCCGGCACAAACGCCGGAGCUGCAGAGCGAAUCCCCGCAAGACUUCUUGUGGCACGAAGACUUCAAUCAACCGAGCCCGGAUUCCCUGCCUCUCGGCACUGGGCGGCACUGGUCGCCAAACGAACUCAAGCCGAGGUCAGUGUCGAUGUUACCUCACGGCAGAACGCCCCCACCCACACCUACCGCGGCCACAGCAUCGGCAGCAGACUGCGCCGCGUGCUGUCCGCGGAGCCCGCACCACCACACUGUCGCGACCGCCACAGCAGCAGCGCCGUGCAAGGAUGCGGCGAGAAACGUCAGCAGCAUAGCCGGUGCGACGACGAGGGCUCGUGGCAGGACGGUGGGGCUGGGCAGGUCCUGCUCGUCCGGCUCACUAUCCGUCGGCUUCUUAACCGAGGUUUCUCCCGGCGGCUGGGGCGGCGGUGGGACGGCUGCCAAUGGUGCCGGUGUUAGCCACACUGGGAGUUGUAUCGGCAUUUGCGCGAGUGGUCCGAUCUGCGGCGAUACUGUCGCGUCCACGCUAUCCGACAACAGCAGUAUGUCGCCGUCCGGCCUGCCACUGUCCGCGUUUCAUCGCGACAGCGGCGUGUUUGAGUUUCCCGAAGUGGUGUCGUCGAGUGCGAGCGAGGGCAACUCGCUCACCAGCCAUCCGUCCCCGGUGAACUUCCGCCCCGGCGAGGACAACUCGACCAUGAUGGCCGCAGGAAAGGCCAGGACCUCGCCAUCAGCAAGUUCUGCGGCGAUGACGGCCGUAGCGACGGUCGCGUGCUCAGCGGGCGAUCAGUCGCCGCGAUGCCACGAUAGCAUGUCACAUUCGUCCAGCGAGCACAGAGCGGUACGCCGCAGCAAGAGCGCCGAGCCAACCUUAACAAACUCCACCACUGGUGUCGGCAGAAAGACGGCUUCCGCGCAGCCAUCACCGUUGUUCUUACAGCCGGUGAAGGUCAAAGGCGGACAGGUUGCGGCGAGCAGAGCGGUGGUGUUCGCCGCGUCACCAGAAACUGGCGCCGACGUCGCCAACACGAAGAAGCGCUCCAAGUGGUCAGCGCGCCUGCCGUUCGGGCGAGGCCGAGGUCGCGGGGCUAUUGCUCGCACCCGCUCCACGCCCUCGUGUCCCAUGUGUCAGCGCGACGUUUCGGAGACGGAGUCCUACACCGACGCCGCCCACGAGCAGGUGUCCAACCAGGGCUCCUCGGCCAGCACAACAGCCCAGGAGCAGGACCCACAGCAGCAGCAGGAGGUAGCGAAUGCAGCAUCGAGGCAGAGCUCCGAGCAGCUGCUGCAGCUGGAGCAGCGGCACUCGCACAAGUCCACGUCGCGACUGCACCGCCGCCUGAACAAGGACGACUCGGGCUUCCUGUCGUCAGUGAGCUCCAUCCUCUCCCCCUCCAACAGCACACCCGCGGGCGGCGCGAGUCGACGCGAGAGCACGCAGUCGACUACCGCGACCGCACAGCAGCACGGCGCGGCCAUCAAGACACGAAGUCACGGCGGUCAGAAGGCGUCGGGCGGCCACUCGCGCGCCUUCAUCUCCAAGCGUGGCGGCAGUCGCGAUCGCCAGAGCUCGUUCGACCAGACGCACGGCCCGACGUUCUACCAGCCGUCAGCGGUGGUGGUGAACAGCAGUGUGAACAGCAACAACAGCUCGUCGCCUGCCCCUUCCGUGUGCAGUGAGCUGACGUCGCGAUCACCCGGUGGCAGCUCCGUGACCAGCGGCAGCGUGGGCGGAUGCGGUGGAGGAGGAGGGAGCGUGUUUGGCACGACCUCGAGUUUGGCCGGCCCGCCUAUGAGCUACGGCAGCAACAGCAGCGGCGAGCUGACCUGCGAUAGCGGUGGAGACAUGUUGCCGCUGGGCCCGAACAGCGCUCCCGGUCCCAGCAGCCUGCUACGGAGCUGCAUCAGCGAGGAGAUGUGCGAGUUGGUGAUCACCGCCACUGCAGAUACUGCCGCUGCUGCUGCGUCACUGCCUGGCGGCUUCGGCGCAAUUCCGGAUGAGGACGCGAGAGCAAGCUGUGCCGAUCCAUCGGACAUGGCCGAGGACAGAACCACGGUGUCGGUGUGUCCUUCCACAAGUGGCCCGCUGGUUGCUGCCACGUCGCGCGUUCUGGAGUCCGACGUCCUCAAUCUGUUCUCCAAUGUCGACUACGUCCAGCUCCUUCACGGCCCUACAGGGGCCAAUCUGGUUCACACGGACCCCGCCGCCAGGGGGGAACUGCCCUUGCCCUGCUCAGCAGCCAGCGUGCCGAGGUCCCUGCCCGAGCUGAAGAUCUGCGCCAGCGGCUCUGAGCUCGACGCGUCGGCGUGCGGCUACGAAAGUCCGCUCGCGCAACGCCCGUCGCCAACAACGACAACCGACGGCAGCACGCCGAAGUCUCCGUUCGACGACGACGGGAAGAACUCCACGAAAGAGCUGACGGAGGGCGAGACGCGGCACGUUCGCAGCGAACCCAGCCUCGCGCUGCCACAGGUGCGCAUCCACGAGCAGCCGUUCCCGGCCAUGCUGGACGAGUGCCUGUCCAGCAGGGACGAGCUGGCCACCAUCUCCCGGACCCCGAGCACGGACAGCGACCUGGCGGCGUGCCGCAAGGUGACCAUCGCCACGCGAAGCAUCUCCUCGCCGUCGCUCAAGCCAGCGUGCUCGUCCAGACGAUCCGGCACGUACACGGCAGCAACAAGCAAAGCGGGCGGCACGGUAAGCGGCAAGGCACCGCUGCUCUCCGCCUCGCAGAUCCGCCACCGCAGCCUGAGCGGCAGUACCAGGCGCCGAGUGAACCGCAUCGAGAAGGGGGUCGGCUCCCUGCCCAACAUAUGUGUGGCCGCCACCACUGGUUAUCCGGUCGACGGCGCCGUCGCCGCCGGCAACAUCAGUCCCAAGCAGUCCAGAGCGGCGGUACUGGAGAAGACCAAGUCGCACCGCUCCGACGGCGUGCAGUCGUUCCUGCUGAGAAAGCUGGGCGGCCUGCGUCAGCUACGCAGCAUGUCACCACCGCGACACUCCGGCCACGACGCAAACGACGGCGCGUCGCUGGAGCGCUCGGUGUCCAGUACCGACGCCUUGGGCACGGCAACCGCGGCGAAACCGCCGUCUGCCGACCUCCCGCUGAUGACGCCCACGCCGGCCCAGGCGACGGUAAGCCUAGCUCCGUCCUGCGACGGCAGCAGCGGCACGGUCGACAGCUCGACUGGCACGCAGCACGGCGGUGGGCACCCUCGCGAGAGCAGCACGGUCGCAGACACCUACAUGUCUCCUGCCAAGGGCCAGACGGCUGGCUGCGACGUCAGCCAGGCUGGGUCAGAGUGCGGCAGCGGUGGCAGCAGCGGCGGUGGCUUUGCUGGCGUCCGCAGCUCGGCGCGAGGCAGCGCCGGCAGCCUGAGCAACGACGGCCGAAGCCGCGUGGCCACCGGCGGCAGCUUGGCGGGCAGUCGGCGAGUGCGACGCGACUCCGUCGGCAAUCUCACCUCCAAGCUGGGCAUCUCCACGCAGGUCAUGCUGAAGGGACGCGGACCCCGGCUGGCGCAGAAGGCGCUGAAGCCCUUCAAGCAAAAGCUCAUCGCCAAUCGCGAGAACAAGCGGACGAAGGAGACCAUCUUCUCGCUGCUCAAUUCCCCGUACCAAUACGACCCCAGCAUUGACAUGAGUAGCUUCGACGGAAUAGAACUGUACGCGGAGACAGACCCAGAGACCGACACAUCGAGCGAGUCCGAAGCCGAGGGGCUCAAAACGGUCGCGUCCGACGUUCUCAUACCGUGUGUGUUCACGUUGGCCGAAGGCGUUUCCGUCUCGCUGGAGAACUCCACGGAGCUGCAGGACUUUCCUCAGCUGCCCAUGUCGCCUCUGUACCGGCUGGGCAGCGUGGCGCAGAUCAACGUCGACGGGGCGCUGGCGGAGCAGGAUUUGGCCGGCGGCGACAAUCACGCGGACUGCAUACCCCCCACCAGUGCCUGCGGUGCUGAAUUGUCCAGCCUGUCGCUGCUGGAGCCAGACGCAGUGUCGUCACUGCCCAACGCCGUGGGUGACCUGAGGUCACGUUCUUCGGUCAUGUCGGCCGAGUUUCCCGACUACGACCUGUCUGUUCCGCUGCCGACGCUUGGCCGCAGGCUGUCGCGCUCGCCGCUGAUGCCACUGACGAUGGACGACUGGACGAUGCCGAUGACGAUAUCGCGGCACAGCAGCGUCAUCUUCACGCCGGAGUCGAUCACGCAGUCGUUCAGCUGGCACCGUCGCAUCAGCAGCACCGCCGCUACUGCUGCUGCUGCUGCGGGCAAUGCUUCUUUGCCCGAUGCUUCUUUGCCCAAUGCUUCUUUGCCCACGUUUGGCUGUACGUUUGGCAUAGCGGACACAGUGGUCACCACGCUGCUGCAACAACACGACUCCUCCGAGUGGUCGUCCGAUCAUCAGGAAAGCAGCGAGGACGAGCGUGAUGGCAGCUACGCGACGGCGCGGGGCGACACCACCGAGAACACCGACUACGACGAUGACGGCGAGAACGACAUUCACAAGUCGGUGGACACGCUGCUGAAGGCCGUACGCAGCAGCGGCGACGAGGAACACCAUCACCAGGCCAUCGGCGGCGGUACGGUUGAGUGGACCACCUCUCUCCUCUGCAACCCCGGCUAUCUCAGCAGUCGUAACAGCAUGACGUCAUGGCAACAACAACGCAGCAGCUGCAGCACCGCGUCACGUCGCCGUACCUCCAGCCAGGAUUCCCUUCCGUCCGUCCCUCCGUCCUUGUCGCGCUCUUUCCGCCGCCCCGACAGCAAGUACCGUCUCCGCUAUCAGCGGCAGUCCGCACCCGCAGUGUCUACGAUCGAUCCAGGGAGCUAGUGACUCGACAGCGCGUUCUAAGGCUACCUCUGCGCCGACGGCUCACCACGACGAGUAAUGGCCUGCGGAACCUGCAGCCGCCACGGCAGCCCUGCCGAGAACUUACAGCAAGAUGAACAAGCAUAUCGCAACGCGUAGCGUUUGACAACAAAUUCUGGCCAAUGCUAGCCGUGAACCAAGCAGGGCUGAGGUCAAACGGAGCCGACUGGACGCCCCAAGCCGGUAUGAUGGUGAGGUCAAUGCCCCUCCGUUGAGCUUCCCGUGCGUGCCGGCUGUCACGGCUUCGCCGCAGGGUCACUUGCUCACCGUGCAGCAACUGCCAUUCCGCAUUCACGAAGCAGUGCGUCGAUUGCUAGUACAGCAGAACUCGCAUCACGUCGAGUUCUCCCUAUUCGGGUAUUCCAUGCGGUGAUCCGUGAGCGAGUUGACAGCGGAAUUACUAGCUACGUCCGAGAGCAGUCAUUAUAGUUGUUAUGGUUACUAUGCUAUGGUUAGUUUCCUAGCAACGACACAGACCCCUCGGUCUCCGUAGGGGUCGCGGAACCUCCAAGAGCUGUGUUCCUCAAAGCGACGACGAUGACGCGCCAGCAGGCUUUGGCCAGUAUGCGCUCUCCGCUGUGGCACGACAGCCCGGUGGUGUAUGCAAUAGCGUGAACACGCUCACCUACGCACAAACACACACACACACACACAUACACACACGCGCGCACGCACACACACACACAUACACGCACGCGCGCGCACACAUACUCACCUGCGCACACGCCCAUGCACUAGAAUGCCAGGAGAGGAAGUCGAGCCACCAGCUCUAGAACGCACUGGGCUCUGACUUCAUACAUAGAUUUGAAUGCAGCGACAUUCUCCUCGAUAUCGAUUGGGGGACUGGAAAAAGUGUGCUUUAAAAGUUCACCACUCUAACUAUACUUUCUUAGGGAAACUAAACUGGAAUGUGUUUUGUUUCUUCAAGCUCAAGGAUGUGUUUCCAGCCGAUUCAUGCCACUUCGUUUAUACUCUUCACAGCGCCCUAAACGGACACGCACGUUUAUGAUAACUACAAUGAUGCUGAUGUAUCACGCUUGCGAAUACCCUAAUAAGGAUACUUGAUCACAGUCACGAUAACAUGAUAAGAAAAUUCAUUUCCCCUCAUUUUCCAAUUAUUGCUUUUAGAAGUACAAAAUUAUUUUUCCAAUCGUUUCUAGCUGUAGGGUUCUUUUCUGAUUCUUACGACUCUCUGAGGAGGACCGAGGAAUUUUUAAACAUAUUUUAAAUUUUUAUAUUC